UCAUAGACUAGAGCUGCUGGCACAAGGUGCGCCGAUCGAUGUUGUCGGCGCACCUACUACACCUGACUAUAUGCCGUGGUUCCUCUCCAUCACGCGCCGAUGGAUGACACCACGUGCCAUCUUGGAAGCAGCACAUUACGCACCUGCUGCGCCUACGAUGACCCAAUUUGCACAAGGUGCGGCAAACGUGAUGCGGUAUAGCCAGGAGGAGCCGGUGAGGGAGAUUGCGCAUGGCAUGCUCGUCGGCUCGCAGUUCCAGCACUUCAUACCGGAAGUCGCUGCACAACACUCACCGACUAUCUCCCAUACGCACAUGGCAUGCUCUCCUUCUUAUGACUACCAUUUGGAGGAGAUGGAUCAUUCAUAUCCCGUUGACGCUGCGGGGACCUCGCAGGCUGGGCCAUCACAGCCAUCACAGUACCAGUCCCCUCCACUGCCAGAGCGUCACGCGAACACCUCUUUCUAUCGUAGGAGGCGAAGGAGACCAACUCAGUUGGAUAAGGUAGAUGAGGGUUCGUGAGCGUUAACGAUUACCUUUUGUGUAUUUGGAUCGACUAUGUACAUAUAUAUAUAUAUUUUAAUUGACUUGUAUAUUUCAAACAUUUGUGUAUAUUUUGUUGUAUAUACAUGUUUAAUUACUUUAUCAUAAGCCCCAAACUUUGA